UUCCAAAUCCCUUUCGCUUCUUUCAUAUAAUCGGUCGUGGAUUCUUUUCAGGUUUUACGGUUUGGAAGAUGCUACUCCGUAGCUCCUCGAAUCCCGCUCUUAAUUCAUGGUUUCGACAUGAAAACUCAAAAGAAUCGUCAUCGUUGGAGCACCUGUUCAUUGGCCGUAACCCCAGAUCACCAACAAUUUCACUAUACUCGUUAAAUCCCAAGAAUGAUUCUCCCAAGAAGAUUGCUAGAGCUUCAUCGGAGGCAGAUUUGAAUGAUAGUUUUGUCACCAAAGGUAUGAGUCCACUCUGUAAGCUUUCUUCUAUAGCUGUUGCAGAAGAGUCGGAAGAAGAGGAAAGCGAUGAUGGUGUUCUUCUGUUUUCAACUUCUGGAUUGUAUCAGAACGGACAUGGAUUUGGUGUUAUGGUCGAUGGUAUACACGGUGGUGGUGGCGGCGGCGGUGAAGGGAAGAUCUCCGGCCGUGGUGGUCACGGGAAUCAUCAUGAGAAUGAUAGUACGGAUUUUUAUUAUCAAAACAUGAUCGAAGCAAACCCUGGGAACGCAAUGCUUCUUAGUAAUUACGCUAAAUACUUGAAAGAGGUUAGAUGUGAUUAUGCCAAGGCAGAAGAGUACUGCAGCAGAGCAAUACUAGCAAACCCUAGCGAUGGAAAUGUUUUAUCUAUGUAUGCUAAUUUGAUCUGGGAGACACAUGAGGAUGCCCCUCGUGCACAAAGUUAUUUUGAUCAAGCUGUUCAAGCUUCCCCUGAUGACUGUUAUGUUAUGGCUUCUUAUGCUCGGUUUCUUUGGGAUGCUGAUGAUGAUGAUGAAGAAGAGGAAGAGUGUGAAGUUGAUAUGAACAUUUUGACACCAAUUGCUGCAGCAUGUUAGAGUUGAACACUCUUUUGUAUAUCAGUAGAGAUAUUAUAAUUGAUUAAGAGAGAAGUCAUUAUGCUUACAUAGUCAAUAGGGCCAUUAUCCGUUGUAGUGAAGUGUAGCUGCUCAAACGACUUGAUUGGUUGAAUUGAUGAUAAGAUAUGGAAGGAGGACCACUUUUUGUUCUUGGACAAAAAAUAUCUUGUUAGUGAUUUGAGUUGAAUAAGACAUUGCACAUAUUACUAUGAGCUAUGAUCGUGUAGUAGUUUAGAGUUCUCUCCCACAAAGGUGUUUAAAUAUCUGAUGUUUUUUUGACAUCAUGCAAUGCUAUUUGAAAUGGUCUAAAAUCCAUUAGAAUUACAUGCCUAAUGGGUUGUCAAUAUGACAUUAAUGACAAAUUUAUGUUAGGAAAAAUAUAACCUUAGGAUCUGUACGAAAGAACUAGCAGUAAAUUGUUAUUGAGGCCUGUGUUUGACACAGUUUCCUUAAAACAAAUUCGCCCUAUAUGGGUGUUUGUUUCCUACGAUACAACAGUUUAAAGCAAUUCUUCUAGAUUGUCCGAGCCCUCACUUGGCCCGGAUUAUACAUUGGUUUCCGCAAAAGAUGGAAGAAGAAGCGGAAGCGUAAGAGAGAAAGAUAGUGAUUUCGUUUCAUUCGGUGUAUCGAAUCAGUCACAUAGGC